GCCGACGCGCGCAGUUUCUCAAGCGCCAUGUUGGCUCCCUUAAGUUGCAUUCUGGGUCGGGAAUUUGUCGUUUAUUCGUCGUUGACUUUGUUGUCAUGUAGUGUGAUGGAAAUCGUAAUCGCGCACAAUAUCACACGUGGAAGCGAGUUAUUGACACGGAGGAGGCGGCGUGAAGCGUGUCAGGACCUCGAAUGGGAAAUGGCUUGAAUUACAUGUUGCGAGAAGGUUGGCGUGACCGGUGGCGUGCGUGGGUGGGUGCGGUUUGUCCGGCGAUUUGAAGGCGACCCCUGCCCCCCCCCCACCCUCCUCUACCCUCCCCUUCAAGUCACGUGACCCGGCCCCGGAGGCAAUUCCAACAUGGUGGCCAGCUUGGCGGGUCUCCGCCUGCUGUUGAUGAUAUUGUCGUCGUGCGGGAUCCGGUUGGGCUCGAGCGUCGUGCGCCUGCGCCCGGAGGACCCCGCGGGCCGCGUGUGGAUGAAGGCGGGGAUCGUCUGGGCGCCCCGCGGAGCUUCGUUCAAGCUGCGGCUCUUCGGAGCCGACCCGAGGAACCGGACCUGGCCGUGGUUGGCCUUCGCGGCGGAGGCUUCCGGAGGUCCGGCCGCGGGGGACCCGUGCGAGGACCCGGACAGACGUCGGCGGGCCGCCUUCCUGGCCAAGGAGCCCUUCGCCGAGGAGGCUUGCGGCGGGCUGCUGACGGUGGAGCUCCGGCGGGGCGACCUCGGCGCCCAUCGCGUGUGCGUGAAGAGCGGGGAGGACGAGUGGACCUCGGCGGGGGACGACAGGCUGCGCGUCAGCCCGGACGAGCCUCUGCCCGCGGAGCGCAUCCCGGCGUGGGCCGCGGCGGCGCUGGUGCCGCUGCUGGUGCUCGCCUGCGGGCUGCUGAGGACGGUCCACCUCAGCCUGCUGUGGCUCGACCCGGUGGAGCUUUACGUGCUGCACAGCUGCGGUUCCGAGGAGGAGAAGCGCGCCGCCAAGCGCCUGGAGCCCGUCAGGAGGAGGGGGAACUUUCUGGCCUGCUCGCUGCUCUUCCUGUGCGUCCUGGGCCACGCCGCCUCGGGGGUCCUGCUCUUCCGGGUUUUGGGCUCGGCGGCGUCGGCCGCCUUCGUCGCCGCCUUCGCCCUCUUCUUCUUGGCCGAGCUGCUGCCCCACGCUGUGUGCUCGGCGCACGGCUUCCGCCUGGCGCCGGGCCUGGCCUGGCUGGCCCAGCUGAGCAUGGUGCUCACCUGCCCGCUGUCCUGCCCCCUGGGGCUGGUCCUGGACCUGGCGCUGAGGCGGGACAUCAGCACCUGCCGGAUCAGGGAGCGGGCCAUGGAGAUGAUCCGCACCAGCGUCAACGACCCAUACAGUGAGUUCGUGAAGGAGGAGUUCAGCCGCGGGACCCUUCGGAGCAAGACGGUGGAGGACAUCUUGACCCCCCUCAAGGACUGCUUCAUGCUGCCCAGCUCCACCCUGCUGGACUUCUCCACCAUGUCGGACAUCAUGCAGAGCGGCUACACUCGCGUGCCCAUCUACGAGGAGGAGAGGUCCAACAUCGUGGAGAUCUUGUACGUGAAGGACUUGGCGCUGGUGGACCCCGACGACCGCACGCCCAUGACCACCAUCACCAAGUUCUACAACCACCCGCUGCACUUUGUCUUCAACGACACCAAACUGGACGCCAUGUUGGAGGAGUUCAAGAAAGGCAACUCUCACAUGGCCAUCGUGCAGAAGGUCAACAACGAGGGCGAGGGCGACCCCUUCUACGAGGUGCUGGGAUUGGUCACCCUGGAGGACGUCAUCGAGGAGAUCAUCAAGUCGGAGAUCCUGGACGAGUCGGACGGCUACCUGGACCGGAAAGUGAAGCGGCCCCUCCCCCCGCUGGAGAUCCCACUGGAGCCUCGAGGGACCUCGAGGGAGGAGUUCUCGCUUUUCAAGACGCCAGAAGGCGAGCCCAAGAUCCGGACGUCGCCCCAGCUGCUGCUCGCCACCCACCGCUUCCUCUCCAGAGAGGUGGAGCACUUCAGUCCUGCGCGCGUGUCCGAGAAGAUCCUUUUCCACCUCCUGCGUCACCCCAGCGUCAACCAGGAGGUGCACUUUGACCCCGCCGACCGCCUCAGCCCCGCGCACUACCUGUACACGCGCAACCACCCGGUGGACUACUUCAUCCUGCUGCUGCAGGGUCGAGUGGAGGUGGAGAUCGGCAAGGAAGGUCUCAAGUUCGACAACGGCGCCUUCACGUAUUACGGCGUGUCCGCGCUCACGCUGCCAUCUUCGGGUGAGGCUGGGAACCGCAGCUUAGAAGUGCAUCAGUCUCCGGCGUCGAGUCGGCGUCAGUCUCCCGGAGAUCCGUUUGACGCGUGCGACGCCGCCACCCCGUCCAGUUACUGUCCGGACUACACCGUCCGAGCCCUCAGCGACCUGCAGCUCAUCCGGGUCACCCGGCUCCAGUACCUCAACGCGCUGAUGGCGUCGCGGGGCGGCGGCGAGCCGAGUCCCGAGCCCCCCGAGAUCAAGAUCCUCCCCAACAGUCACACCAAGCUGCUGAACGACAGGAACGUGUCCUCGUGCGCGCAAGGUGAACAAGACGAAGGCGAAGAUGAUGAAGACGAAGAGGAGGCGCGUGCGUAGCGACGUCCGCUUCAAACGUUGGUCCGAUUGGACGACCCGACCCGGUCCUCUGUUCCGUUUGUCAUUGUAAUUAUCAUCAUUCCUAUGAUAUGUAUUAAUAUUAUUAUUAUUAUUAUUAUUGUGAUCAUGUUUCAACACUGUGUAGGUUUGUUUUAUAUUCAUGUCGAUAGGGGCGGCGCCUUCCUAACGAAAGCGCGUUUGUGCGUCCGUCCGUCGACGCGCGGCGACCCGCCAGACGGUCGCGUGACCUGUGGGGCCGGUUUCCGUGGUUACGCCGCGUGAGCGUUGUCGAUUCGCUGGCCGUGACGUUUUCUUUGCCAGACAUGUCACCCGAAAAGCUCACCCGGACUUCAACGACACUUUACGACGACGUUUUUCCAUUUCACGUUUUGUCUGUCCGUUCUCUCGCUAGCUGCGUAGCGAGCUCGCAUCUCUUUGUCUGUCCGUUCCUUGAUUAAUUGAUGUUUUGUUUGUUUGUUUGUUUUUUUUUGUGUGUCUGACAUUUUGACUCACCCUUCCUUUACUGGAAACCCAAACUAGCACUUUGGCCCUCGUCCUGUCGUCUUUGCGUGUGCGAGCGUGACGGUUAGCAUGCCAACAUGCGAACACGUCCUUGAAUGAAGUUGUGCGCACAUUGCAUCGUUUUUUUUGUUUUCCUCGGACCAGCUGACACUGUUCAUUAUCUAUCACGAGUGCAUGCCAAAGUUUUUGCCAAAGUGAACGUGGCUAAUUUAGCUCAUCUUCCCUCCCGGAAGCUAAGUUGUCACUUUUGUUGAUGAUGUGUGGAUUUAUGUUACCAUUCCUUUUAAACGUGAGCCUCCGCGUUAACUUUAGCUCUCUUGCCUUUGGAAGUCAAUACCAAGUUACUAAUGCUAAGUUAGCUUGUGGCUACGUUAUUUAGCAUGCUGACAAUUCAUUUUUGUUGACUUUUCCGCCAAAGCAAACCCUCAAAUGUGUGAUUUUAUUUAGUGAGCGUUUGACAGGCAAAGUGCUAAACUAAGCUAGGAGGAGACAAUCGUUGGUUGCGAUAAGACGGAUUUGUCAAUUUAGCAAGGCUAACUUUUGAGGACUUUUGAUUUGGUAGUUUUAUGAAGAAGACAAAUUAUAACCAAUAAUCUUAGCGUUAGACCCUCGUUGGGAUAAAAUGUGUGAGAGACAGAUUAGCAUCAAUCUAAUUUGCUUUUUUUUUUUUUUUUUUUUUUUUUAAGAAGCUUUCGAUCGACAAAAUUUUAGCCAAUGCUAAUGAGGCUAAUUUACCCAAUGUACUUUCCUGGAAGCUAACAUGUCACUUUGAUCAUUCAUUUGAAGUAAAACUUUAGCGGCCUUUCUUUUGGAGGUCAAAACUAAGGUUGGAAGGCUAAAAUGGUCGGCGGCUAUGCUAAUGUUUGUCAAAUGUGUUUUGUUUGUUUGCCGUUUCCUGUACAGCAAACCUAAAACCCUGCAAACAUUUUCAUUUAGUGAGCGUUUGACUGGCAAAGUGCGAAAGUGAGUUCCGUCGUUUGAGAAGGUGGGUUAGCCUGCUUUUUUUUUGGUUGUUUUUGAAGCGUUACGUUCUUAAGGCUAACAACAAGCUCAGCUUUACCUGACUUCUCAUUCCAUGUGCGUUUCAUCCGUGGCUGUUAGCGCUUGCAGAAAAAUCUCGUUUGAUUCCAACAUUUGUAGAACUACUUUUGUUAUUCGAAGGACUUUUUUUCUAUGAAAAGUGAAUGUAAAAAAAAAAAAAAAAAAAAAAAGAAAAGACGAGAAAAAUCCCAAUUGAAAGCGCAAGUAUUCACGACAAAGUUCAGGAUGUAGUUAGGAAGUAGUUUUUAGACGAGUCAGAAGUUAUUUGAUUACUUCCUGUGUGUACGUUUUAUAAUAAUUUUUUUUUCCCGCGGCAAGGACGUUGGAUUUAAUACUUUCAAUGAUUACAUUUUACUAGGAAAUAAAGUCAGUCUUGUUCUAAAUGAGAAGUCUUGUCUUUUUAUAUAUAUAUAUAUAUAUAUAUUAUGUAGCCUUCCUGGAAAAAAGAUAGAUCUAUUUUUUUGCUAAGAGUUGCGUUUUGUGUGAAGUGACAGCGCCUCCCACAGGACGAGUGCGGCAUCGCACACUUCCCGAUACUAGCUUAGCAGCUCGUUUUUAUUUGCUCAUCUCACGUUAUCGUGUUGUCAUUUUUAAUGUUACGUUAUUGUUGUCACGCUACCAUCUCGUUAUUUUGACGUUUGUCAUUCUGUGCCGUCUUUUUUUUUUUUUUCGUUGUUACGUAGCAGUUACGUUUUCGUGUUACGUCGCAAUGUUAACGUAAUGUCACGUGAUCAUAUUUCCAACUCAUCUUGGUCUCCCAUUUGCUCACGCGUGGUGAUUUCCUAAUUUCAUUUUGUCGUCUCGGCAGGUUUUCACGUUACUGUGUCGUCAUGAUGCCAUCUUGUUGCGUUAUGUCGUAUAUUUGUCUUAUCAUCAUCGUCGUUUUGUCAUAUUCUGAUCUCGCCCUGUUGUCUUAUGUGGGCUCAGUCGUGAUGUCACAAUUUCGCGUUAUGACAUUGUUAUAAAGUCAUGCUAUUGUGUUGUCGCAUUGUAUUGUUGUCACGUUUAAUGUUGUGGUGUUGUUUUAUCGUCUGUCAUUUUACCUUAUGUAUUCAUAGUAGUUUUGUGCUCAUACUGUCACGUAUUCGUCGUGUUGCCGCGCCGCCAUUUUGAUGUGACGUCUUCAUGUUGUGCUAUCAUUUGUGUUGGCAUUUUAUGUUAUCAUUUUGCCACGUUCCAUAGUUCUGCUAUUAUGCUGUGUUGUUAGCACGUAAUGCUCACAUCUUAUUGCAUUUUAUUGUA